CAUGCAAACGCCGUCUCGUUGGCUGCAUUGCCCGGGCGAUUCAUUUAACGCAUUCUCUGGGCUAGCACGGGGCGGUGUGUCCUAAACCGACCGAGUGGAGGUGGUUUGCGCAAGAGCGGCGGAAAGCUUAACCAAGGUUAAUGACGUGUACUUGAGAGGCAGCGCCAUGUCGUGGAUAAGAGAAGGAGAAUUGUCCUUUUUUGAGAGAUUCUGUGCUAGCGUGAUAAAGGCAGGGCCGAUGCCCAAGCACAUUGCAUUCAUCAUGGAUGGCAAUCGUCGUUAUGCUCAGAAGCAUAAAGUGAGGAAGCUGGAAGGACAUUCACAGGGUUUUGCAAAACUAACACAGACAUUACAAUGGUGCUUGAGUCUGGGUAUCCAGGAAGUCACAGUUUACGCCUUUAGCAUUGAGAAUUUCAAGCGAUCCCAAGAAGAAGUUGAGGGCUUGAUGCAAUUGGCUAGGAAAAAAUUCACCCGUCUUCUUGAAGAACAGGAAAACUUGGAGAAACAUGGAGUAUGUGUUCGAAUACUUGGAGAUGUGCCCCUCCUGCCACGGGAUAUCCAGGAACUGAUUGCUAAGGUUGUGCUGGCAACUAAGCACUAUAACAGGUAUUUCUUGAACAUUGGCUUUGCAUACACAUCAAGACAGGAGAUCAGUAAUGCAGUGAAAGAGUUGGCCUGGGGUGUUGAAGAAGGACUGCUUCAACCCAGUGAUGUGUCAGAAUCGCUCAUCGACAAAUGCCUUUACUCCUGCAAAUCUCCUGAUCCAGACAUUCUGAUCAGAACAUCUGGGGAAGUUCGACUUAGUGAUUUUAUGCUCUGGCAGACAUCCCAUUCUUGCCUAGUGUUUCAGAGCGUGCUGUGGCCAGAUUAUUCCUUCUGGAACUUAUGCGAGGCCAUCCUUCGGUACCAGAUGAACUACAAUGCUUUACAAAAAGCCAGAGAUUUAUACAUGGAAGAGAGGAAGUGGCAACAGUUAGAAACUGAUACGGCACAAGUCUUAGAGAAACUGAAAGACGAAGGAUCGGCAUCCUGUGGAGAUACUCAGAAAUGCCGGACACUUUUGCAAGAAUUCAAAGCUAAACGAGAAGAGAGGAUUCAAGGGUUUUUGCAGGCCCUGGAGCACAAAAGGAUGGACUUCCUAGAAAAACUGGCUAUGGCAGCUGCAAGAUAAGAAGAAGGUUCCUGGGUUUGGGGCUGGGGGAGAAGAGGAAAAAAAAUGAGCCAAGUUGCAAAUAAUCCAAUUGCUGCCCAGUGGGUGACAUGAAAUGGGAUCAUAGGUUUAUUCUUGUGUGUAUGUGCACAUGGCUGGGGGCCAUGACAUUUGAAGUGUGUGUUUCCUAAAUUUAAUGAAACAAAAGGUAUUUGUGUAAAGCUAACAAAUGAAAAGAAUAGCAUCAAAUCGUUCUAGGUGAGAAGAUCUGUGCGUGCUGGAGGGCUUUUGCUCCAUGUCCUCCAAACUGCAGCUUUUCUCUGCCACAAUUCACAGACUUACCAGAAUCCUGAAAAGCUGCUGGCACUGGAAUGCAGAGAUGCUGCAACUAAGAAGAUCAGAAAAAGACCUCAUUGCAUGCACCCAAGCAAAUUGAGUCUGGAAUAAAUUAAGGUUUAUUCUUUUCUUUGUUGGUUCCAUAUUUUAGAGACUAGCUGUUCUGGAUCAUUUGUUUUUCCAUUCUUGGUACAACUGUGAACUAUAGGAUUGUAUUGAAGCUUCACAGGAACAUACAUUGUUCCUCUGGCUUUAGUAAGCUAGGAGAAUGUACUCCUCCAGAUUAGCUCCAUAUGCCCUUCUGAACUAUGGGCACGUGUGCUGGUUACAACAGAACUUCAAGGUGUCUCUGAUGCAGCAUCUUCUGCUGGGUUUGAGAAGGCAUUUUACCUUUGAAUAGCACUACAAAACGUCCUUUUACAAAAAAGUGCAGCAUAGUGUAAAUAGCUGUGAAAAAGUUAAGGGCAUCAGCUAUAAAUACAGCACUUUGUUUUCCAAAAUAAGCUGCUGGUUACUUCAUGUUGCUUUUCAAAGGCUAAAUGAGGGUGUGGUUUUAUUAUUCUAAAAUACUUAAUUUUGAAAUGGUGAGGGAUGAGCCAGUUGUCAAGAAUAUUGAUAUUUAACAACCUGCUUGAUCCAUCUUUUUUUUUAUAAAUCUGAGGCCAUAUACAGGAAAAAAAAUGGUGACCGAUAAAUUAUAGGUAUUUCAUUCUCAUACAAUGAUUUCACCUACUACAUUACCACUGUCAUGUCUGAAAGGGCUGUUUGGUUUGAUCUCUGUUCCUGAAGGUCCUUGUUAUUUCUGUGACAAACUGAAUAAAUACAUUCCAAUCACAUAAAAUCCUUCAGAGAUGAGGAAAUAAUAUAUUAAUAAAU